AUGAGUAGUCUAUCCGCAAAUAACAUCUUCUCACCCUUGGAGCCAGAAAGUUUCACUGAUGAAUCGAAAACAGUGAUAGAUUUCAUAGCAGAUUAUUACAGAAACAUUGAGACAUACCCAGUUCAGAGCAAUGUCAAGCCGGGUUACUUAUCCGCCCAGUUGCCUAAAACUGCCCCAUAUUGCUCAGAAUCCUUGGAGGAAAUUCUGAAAGAUGUCACUGAUUCUAUACUGCCGGGCCUCACUCACUGGCAAAGCCCCAAUUUCUUUGCAUACUUCCAAGCAAAUGCGAGCACUGCCGGCUUCCUUGGUGAGAUGCUUUGCUCAGGCCUUAAUGUAGUCGGCUUCAAUUGGAUUUCAUCUCCGGCUGCAACUGAACUUGAAUCCAUUGUGAUGGACUGGAUGGGAAAAAUGCUGAAGCUUCCAUCUUCAUUUUUGUUCUGUGGAACUGGCGGUGGAGUCCUGCAUGGAAGUACUUGUGAGGCAGUAGUUUGCACUUUGGCUACUGCAAGAGACAAAGCAUUGGAAAAGCUUGGCGUCUGUGAGUACAUAACUAAGUUGGUGGUUUACGCCUCAGAUCAAACUCACUUCACAUUCCAAAAGGCUGCUAAACUAGUUGGUAUUCCUUCGUCAAAUUUUCGAGCACUCACUACAUCAGUUUCAACUGAGUUUUCACUAUCACCAGAAAAAGUUCGUGCAGCGAUUGAAGACGAUAUCAAAUCUGGCUUGGUUCCACUAUAUUUAUGCGCCACUGUUGGAACAACGGGCUCAGGAGCAGUUGAUCCUCUUCAAGAGCUAGGCGAAAUUGCCAGGGAGUACAAAUUGUGGUUUCAUAUUGACGCAGCUUAUGCAGGCAGUGCGUGUGUAUGUCCUGAAUUCAGGCAUUACUUGGAUGGGGUUGAACUUGCGGAUUCUAUCAGCAUGAAUGCACAUAAAUGGUUCCUUACAAACAUGGACUGCUGUUGUUUGUGGAUCAAGCAACCUAAACUGUUAGUAGAUUCAUUUUCCACUCACUCAGAAAUUAUGAGGAAUAGUGCCACUGAAUCCAAUACGGUUAUAGACUACAAGGAUUGGCAAAUCGCGUUGAGCAGACGAUUCAAAGCUUUAAAGCUGUGGAUUGUGAUUCGCAAACAUGGUUUGGCUAACCUCAUGCACCACAUUCGUAGCGAUAUUGAAAUGGCUAAACGAUUUGAGGCACUAGUGAGGGAAGAUAAGAGUUUUGAGAUGAUGGCGACUAGAAGGUUUGCAUUGGUUUGCUUCAGGCUCAAACCAAAGCGUGAAGACGAGGGCUUGGAACUGAACGGAAAGCUGAUAGAUGCUGUGAAUUCAAGUGGAAGAGCGUUCAUGUCGCAUACUGUGUUGAGUGGUGUGUAUGUCAUUCGUUGUGCCAUAGGAUCAACUCUGACUGAAGAUCGUCAUGUUAAUGAAUUAUGGAAGCUCAUUCAGGAAAAGGCUCAAUUUCUAUUAUUAGAAUAA